UGUUCUUCAAAUCUCAUUAAAUUCUGCUGAUAGUUUCUCUUCGAUCGCCAUUGUGCCUGGCAAUCCCACGUAGUCAGCGAUUCAUAUUUCAAUCAGUUAAACUCGGGUUUUGCCAGUAAGCUCGCUUCCGGAAACCCAAAUCAGCUGUACCUUGACUUCAAUUGAAGUCAUGGACGAAGACGGAUCCAGCAAACCUGCGGCAGCAGGUGGCACCAUGAUCAACCUCGGAAAUCAAGAAGACUCUCACCAACAGCUCUCAGAUUCAGAUGAACCUGUCCCUCUAAGGCCUACCACAGGCCAAGAUGAGGAAAAGCUCGUACCCACUGAGAUGAAAGUCUUUCAGGAAAGAGUUCGUGCUUUGGAAGCAAAGCUGGGUCUGGUGGAUAUGAUAAAUGAAUCAACAAUGGAGGGAACAGAAUUGGCAAACUCCAGCAAUAUGAAUCCUGUCACGGGAGGACCGGUGCUAGGGCCUUUUGAUUAUAAGGGACACUUGGAUUUUUAUCACGACGUGAUGUACUUCUUGCGACGUGUUCGCUAUACGCACCAGAGACUCAGCCGCUUCGAGCAAAACCAAAAGGAGAUGGAAGAGUCGGUAAGAAAAGCAAGAAGCGCCCGAGUCCCCGAUUCAGAGGUUAUGAAGCAAAUUAGCACCGAGGCAUUUUUGAAAGAAGAGCCGGCCAAGGUGGUGCAAGUCGACUGGGACGUUUUUGCCUACGGAAAGGUAGACAUGAAAGAAUCGGUCAUGGCGCCCAUCGAAGUCAUCUCCAGCGAACCGGAGCCUCAAACAAUCCUCCAGCUGGGCCUCACUUCGAGAGGAGACAAACCGCAGAACCAGCUUCCACUACACCAUAACGAAAGGGUUUCACCGAGAUGGGAAUCCUUGAUUGAGCAACCCUUGCCCGAGCGAAUCAAGAUCAAGUCGGACGUCUUGGUCGAUGUCUUUACACAAACCACGAAGGGCCGCAAAUGGAAAGUGGCUGAGGACGGCUCGCUCGUUUUCCUACGGCCAUACCAGCCGCUGAUAUAUUGUCAGAGCCAACUGCGGGACUGUCUCGCUAAUCUCGAGAAACAGUUCGAAAACUACGACGGGAAAGGAACCGAGCCAGAUUCCACGGAUGAUAGUGUAGCAAAAACAACGGAGAACCUACCGCCCAAAAGUGCAAAAGACCACAUGCGGGAGAAAGAUGGAAGUGACCACGGCACCACACUCAACAAUCAAAGCAUCAGUCAUGAAGAUUACGAUGAAAAUGCCAGAAAAGCUGGGGAUGGGGCUGAAGAUUCCGACAGAAUGGCGUUAUCAUCGUCCAUCACAGCACUAUUGCAUUUGCGGUGCCUUGUCCAGUUCAUGGACGCGGAGUUGGAGCCGAAGCGGGAAUACAUCAAUAGCAUGCAAUGCACCCGCAUACAUUUCCACGACCUGUGGUACCUUUUUAAGCCUGGGGAUGAGGUCAUAAGUCAGGAGCAGAAACAGGUGUUUGUUGUGUUGCGGGUUCAAAUUCCGCGUCACAAAGUUGAGGAACCUUGGGAGAGAUGGAACCGGCGCCCCGUAAAAGAUGAUUCAGACUCCGACUCCGACUCUGACGGCGAGGACGAUGAGGACGAUAAUCCGUUUACACUCAACUGUGUCUACAUUGACUUCGACGGGAAAUUCUUUGGUCCUAUCGUGAAGAAAUUCAAAAUCUCCCCGUUUGGUGAGCUCAAGCAGAUCACGUCGCUCCCAGUCUAUCCUCUUCGAUAUGCCAGAGAUACCCAGGCGAGGGACAACAUCGCGAAGAGAGGCCGAAUGCUGUUGAAAGUGGCCAAGUCCAAGGCCAUGUACUACAUGGGAGUCACGAUGGACAAGAGAGAUGAGAUUGACAGUCAGGUCGUCAUCGAUUUCAACGAGGCACUAGCCGAUGAGGGCCGUAGGAAGGCUUGGGAGCCAAAGAUAGCACCCGUCAGCACAGCAUCGGAAGCCACGAGGGAGGAUAGGUGCAUGGCUGUCUGUUGCUUUCGCCAGGCCGUACACGACGGGCUUCCUACCGAUUUUAGGAUGACCCAGGACUAUGUUAAGACGUUGAUACCCGGCACUUCUCUUCGACCACCUUCCCUUAUCUUGUCACCUAGGUCUCUCGAGGAUACUCUCGAUUCUUUAAGUGAAUUAACAGAGACCGAGUUUCUUGUCAUGACAUACCGUGUCUUCGGAUUCGUUUUGCGAAGUCGUAAAUGGGCUCAACUUGAUCUAACGUUUUUGCAUUAUGAGAAUUCCAAUUCGAGGAAUUUGACGAUCAAUGCAUUUGAGAAAUUGGAACUACCCGAUGGGCACAGGGAUAUGGUCAAGUCUUUAGUCAUGCAACACUUCCGCCACCGAAAAUCCCAUUUUGCGAGCGACGAGCAAACUGAUUUGAUUCAAGGAAAAGGCAAAGGACUUAUUUUGCUUCUCCACGGAGCCCCCGGUGUCGGUAAAACUACUACCGCCGAGGGGAUUGCGGAGCUUUUCCAGAAGCCAUUAUUCCAGAUCACAUGCGGAGACCUUGGUACUACUGCAAAAGAGGUUGAAGUUGAACUUGAGAAGAACUUUGCCUUGGCGAGUAGAUGGGGAUGUAUUUUGCUCCUGGACGAAGCGGAUGUGUUUCUGUCAGCGCGCGAGCGCAUGGACUUCAACCGUAAUGGUUUGGUCGCUGUCUUUCUUCGCGUUCUGGAAUACUAUGCCGGCAUCUUAUUUCUGACGACAAAUCGCAUCGGCGACUUUGAUGAAGCCUUCGCCUCGAGAAUACAUAUGAGCCUGUACUACCCGGAACUCGAUGAGCAAAAGACGCUCAAGGUCUUCCGGCUAAACCUAGAUCUUAUCGAGCAGCGUUUCCAGAAACAAGGGCGGACAAUCAUCAUUGAUCCGUCUUCCAUCGAGGAUUUCGCCCUGCAUCACUUCCACGAGCACAGAUAUAACCGAUGGAACGGCCGGCAGAUCCGCAAUGCGUGCCAAACGGCCCUCGCGCUCGCCGAGUUCGACGCACAAGGUGGUAUUCUCGAUGUCAAUAGCGAGAUUGACAGAAAUGCGGUUGUCAGGCUGCAACUGAAGUACUUCAGGACGGUCCAGAGGGCCUACCUCGACUUCGGAAAGUACCUUGGUGACAUCCAAGGCGCCCAGGGCGACCGCAGAGCCAUUGACCUCAAACUCCGGGCGAGGAAUGACACAGCCUUCGAGACGAGACCGAGUCUUUUCUCGCAGCGAGAGGAGUCGAGGUCUUUUACAGGGCAUCAUGGGUUUCAGCAACAUUUCUACAGGAACAGGAACUCAUCGGAAAUAUCGCAAUCUGCCAUGGGCUCGCAACAGAAUACGUAUCAGAACUACCGUGACCGCCCAAUAACUCCGAUUGCAAACUUUGAACGGCAACAAGGUUCGGAGCCAUAUACUCCUCGGGUGAGCCACCACCAGUUGUCCAGAGACUCCGUUGGAAAUUCUGGGGGUUACGAAAGUCCCGCUUCGUUUGCGCAGUCGAAGAUUAGCCAACAUGCCCCAAUGGACAUUCAGUACCAACAAGCACGGCAACCGAGCCAGCCAUACGAGUCACCCCAAUCAGGGCCGCAGCCAGGUUACAGUGGAGAAGCUCUCCUACGUCCUGAUCUUAGCCCCGGUGGCUCUUCCUUUGGUCAUCAAUUUUCUCAGCCCCAUCAAUUGCAGUACUUGUAUCGUGGAAACACGGGUCAAGAGGGUGGUUCACAAGAUAACACUGGAUUGCCUCAAGAUGCAAGCGCCAAUGUGCCCCGUCCCAUCUAUCAGCGAAGUCAGGAGGGACCAAAAAGUUGAAGCACCUUAACGGAGGAGGAGUAAAUAAAGAUAGGGCCGUGACUACAGUACUACUAGGUCAUUAGUAUUUGGACAGCAAUAUCAAGGGCCACAUGAUACCUGCCUCACAUAACCCAGGGCCAAGCAAGUUGAUUGGUAUGAUAUUUUGGUGUACAUCCUCAUAAAUGCGGACCGCAUAGAGGAAUACUGUCUGGUUUAUUGGUCCCUAUUAUUGCUGUCGAAAUACUGAUGAUCUAGUAAUGUAGUAAUUUGCUGUUGUUCCGAUGCAGGGCGUCGCCAUCUAUCCUUGAUAACGGAGGUUAUAUUAUAAGAUAUGGCCAACCACUGCCUGGUUAUCUCAACUUUCAACAAGGCAAUUCCGG